AUGUCCUCCAAAGUCGCCAACAAAAACAUCCUCCUGUUAGGAGGAACAGCCGGAAUCAGCCUCACAGUCGCCAAGGAAGCCCUCCAAAGCAGUGCCAAUAUAAGUGUGACCUCCUCAUCGGAAGAUCGAGUACAAAAGGCCCUGAAAACCCUCUCCGCAACUACACCAGACGCGUCUUCCAAAAUCCGCACCUACAUCGCAGACCUCUCCAACCUCCUAAAAUUCACCGCCGAACUUAGCCCCGUCGACCACAUCGUCUUCACCGCGGGCAACAUACCACCUCUGGUCCCGUUAGCCAACGCCUCCUUCUCCCACUUCGAGAUAUUCCUUACCGUCCGUUUCUUCGGUGCCAUGGCUGUGGGCAAAUAUGCUCCGAAGUACAUGGCCAACAACAGAUGUUUGUCCAUCACUCUGACUACCGGGGCGCAGAGCCAGAAGCCGACCUUUUGGGGGUUGGCUGUUACCGUUGCCCCUGUGCGUGUGAAUGCUGUUUCACCGGGUUUUAUUGAUACCGAUUUACAUCAGGGGUUGUCGAAGGAGAUUCAUGAUGGUGCAAUCAGGAAGUAUUCUGAGCAGUCUUUGACUAAUGAUGUUGGGUAUCCGGAGGAUGCAGCAGAGGCGUAUAUUUACCUUAUGAAGGAUUAUUUUACUACUGGAACUAUUGCUCAUACUAGUGAUUUUGGCGGGGGGGGGGGUUUGUUGGUUUGA